AUGCCUGCUGCCUCGUCCUCAUCGUCUACCACUCUUCUGCCCGCCGCCGGCUCGGCCUCGCCCACCAUUAGCCGCAAGUCUUCAGCCUCUGCUCCCGAAAAGAAAUACAAGUGCCAGUUUUGCAAUCGCGCUUUCAGCAGAAGUGAGCAUCGCAGCAGACACGAAAGAUCGCACACCAAAGAACGCCCCUUCAAAUGCCUCAAGUGCCGCAGCACUUUUGUGCGUCGCGAUCUUCUCCUACGCCACGACCGUACUGUACACGCAAAGGACGGAGGUGUGCCGUUGCAGAGCGACACGAAGCGAAGGAGUAACGCGUCCAAACAGUCGCCGGAAGCCCUUCCACCCAAGCUCCCCAUGGGCAUGGACCAAGCAACCAUCGAGCAGAUGAGUGCUGAUGAUGGUCUUUUCGGUGUCGAGGAAGCCGCCAUGCUGAUGACCAACUUCCAACAGAAGGCCGCCAUGUCCACACAAGGAUCUAUACCCGAGCCCAUCCUAGCCGAGCCCUCGUACGCUCAAGCCGGCUCCAUGACUCUUCCUCAGAUGCAAUCUCAGACCCACUGGGAUACCAUGGAAUCCAUGAUGCCUCACCCCAUGGCCAAAUCGCAGUCAAUGUCGUCUCAAAGCACCGCCACAGGUCAUGACACCCGCUUGCCCCAUUCCUCCGCCAGCAUCCACAGUCAUUUGCCCCCACUCAUGGAACAGCAAUUCGCCAACCCGUCGCUGUCCGCACUUGGAACGCCUGGUGCCCUGUCUCCCUUCACUUCGAUGAUGGGACCCGUGUCGCCGGUAGACUAUCGUCGUUCGCCUGGACCUCCUCAAGUCUGCACAAUGCCGAAGCCUCCCCAGGUUGAAUCUGAGGAUCAGAUUGCCAGUAUCCUCCAAAACAUCAAGCACUGCGACAGCGAGGGUGCUUUGCUCGACACAUUCCGCCUCCCCCACGGCGACGACCUCAACCGUUAUCUGUCGACGUAUUUCACCCUCUUCCACCACCACUUGCCAUUCUUGCAUCCCUCGUCGUUCAACCCGGCUCAUGUUUCGGCACCCCUGCUUCUGUCAGUCCUGUCAGUCGGUGCACUGUACGCCUUUGAACAAGAUUCUGCAUACAUGCUCCAUAUUGGCUCUAAGCUCUUGAUCAACCAAUUCCUGGUCAACAAGGAGAACUUCAGUUCUCGCAAAUGUCCUAUCUGGGCUAUGCAAGCAACUCUGCUCAACAUGAUUUUUGCCAGCUGGAGUGGUGACCCGAAGGGCCUCGAAUGGGCUUGCUCAGUCAAGAGUCUUGUCGCCAACAUGGUCGCUGGUAACAGAUACGAGCUCAAGUUGCGUUCCGAGGCCCGCCAGGGCGCACAGCCCAGUCACCAAGAAUGGAUUGAGGAUGAGAGCUGCCGUCGCACAUACUACGCUGUCUACAUCUUCUUUGGCCUCUUGACCAUGACCUACAAUCACACCCCUGCCAUUAGUUUCAACGAAUUUGAUACGCUGGAGCUGCCGUCAUCGGAAACUCUCUGGGCGCUCGAUGUCAACCAGAGUGCUAUCUGGCACGAGAGCAUGAAGACCACGAACAUCAUCACAUUCCAGGAAUCUCACUGUAAUCUCUUCCAGGGUGAGCCUGCUCGUUACAGCGCCUUUGCGACUCGCGUUAUGAUCAACGCCCUCUUCCUCGAAGUCUGGUAUCAUAAGAGAUGCCCCGAGGCUCUGCAGGACGUCGUGACCGAGUACAAGCUUCGUCUGGCCUUGGAAUCUUGGGAGAAGUCCCUUGAGAUUUGCGAACCCGAGACUGUCGUUGUUCAACUCAGUGCACCUCACCGUGGCCAUCCUCUCAUCUUCAACGCCAUGGCUGUAUACCGCAACACUACUGCUAGACUCAUGGUUGAUCUCAAGUCGGUCCAGGAAGCCCUUCGCUACCACGAUCCCUAUGAGGUCGCUGCCGCCAUGACCAAUGCAAGGGACAAGGUUAAGCGCUCUCCCGAGAUGCUCAAGGUCAUUCAAGCCUGCUUCGAUUGUGUCGAGGUUGCUGCAGUACAUGGCAUUCGUUGGGUUGCUCGCACUUCUGCUACCAAUUGGAGUAUUGAACACCCGCUUUGUGGGCUCGACCUGAUGGUCAUUCUCACACUCUGGCUCUGGCGCGUUGAGCACGAUGACGAGGCUCCCAACGCUGAGGAGAUCGCCAUGUACGAAAAGCUUCGUAGUCUUUUCGAUGAUGACUCGGUCGAGAUGUACGGCAAGCUCAGCUCAAUGGUCGCCCGCGUCUGGGGCAGCAUGAUCGAUGAAGUGGUCGUUUGGGGCAUCACCAAGCUCAUGGGUGAAUCCUUCAAGCUCCACGCUCAGGCACUCUCUGGUUAUGAGGAGGCCAUGCUUGCCCAAGAGCAGGCUCACUCCGCUCCCACCAUGACAUCCCACAAUCUCGCAGUCGCCGCCUACUGA